AUGGCACCGUUUAUGGACGAAAAUAAUGUGAUGCGCAUGAGUAGUCGAAUUGGGGCGGCACCGAAAGCAGCAUACGAAACUAAAUAUCCGGUAUUUUUACCUAAGGAACAUCGUGUAACAUAUCUUCUUGUACAUUUUUACCAUCGUCGCUUCCUGCAUGGGAAUCAUGAAACGGUGGUUAACGAGUUGAGGCAGCGGUUCCAAAUCCCUCAUUUGCGAACGUUAGUGAAACGCGUUGGUAAAGAAUGCCAGAUGUGUAGAAUUAAAAAGGCUGUUCCCAAAACUCCAAUUAUGGCACCUCUACCGGCAGUUCGCCUAACUCCUUUCAUUAAACCCUUUACGCACACUGGUAUAGACUAUUUUGGCCCACAGAUGGUUAAACAAGGCCGCAGUUUGGUCAAGCGUUGGGUGGCACUUUUCACGUGCCUUACAAUAAGAGCAGUGCAUCUGGAAAUUGUGUCCGGCCUUUCCACUCAAUCAUGUGUAAUGGCAAUUCGCAGGUUCAUCGCACGAAGAGGGUCUCCAGCUACCAUCUACACAGAUAAUGGUACGAACUUCCUAGGAGCGAAUAAUCUUCUAAAAGACCAAAUAAAAAAUGCUCACGAAGGUUGUGCCAGCGUAUUCACUAAUGCCCAAACACGAUGGUACUUCAAUCCUCCUGCCACUCCUCACAUGGGGGGUCCAUGGGAACGCAUGGUUAGGUCAGUGAAGACAGCGAUGGAUGCUAUAGCGGAUCACCCACAACAUCCCAGCGACGAAGUGUUAGAAACAGUGGUACUAGAAGCAGAAUCAAUCGUUAAUUCCAGACCUCUCACCUAUGUGCCUCUAGAUGCCGCUGAAUCGGAAGCCCUGACUCCAAACCACUUUUUGCUGUAUGGUAUUAUCGGCAUCAAUCAACCUCAAAAGCCGUUAAUGGUUACAGAUAGGGUUUUACGAGACAGCUGGAACCUAACCCAAACGCUGGUGGACAAAUUUUGGGUAAGGUGGGUCAAGGAAUACUUGCCAAUGCUGACCAGGCGCACAAAGUGGUUUUCACCAACUAAACCUUUGAAAGCGGGUGAUUUAGUGAUAGUAGUCAAUGAACAGAAAAGAAACGGUUGGAUUCGAGCACGCGUGGUUAGUGUUAUCACCGCUCCAGAUGGUCAAGUACGUCGAGCUGUGGUGCGAACAGCUAACGGAGAGAGCAUCAAAUCAGUAGCUAAUUUGGCCCUACUAGACAUCGAAACACCACAGACUGGCAUGUCAACAUGUCCACAGGAGCUUCCGGAACUACACGGGCGGGAGAAUGUUAGAAAUACCCCUGGGUUCGACGACGUGAGUGGUGUGAGUCCCAGCAGCUCCCACAAGUGA